UGUGUUGAAAACGGCGUCGAAGAGUUGACAACGUUUUUGGGGUCAUAUAUGAAAAGAUAACGUUGCUUUUUGCGAAAGGUUUUGGUUUGCUGCUCUUCCUAGGUGGAAGAUGUACAUAGACAUCUGCUCAUCAUCAUCUCCUUCUCUUCCAUCAAUACCCUUAACCAGACCUCAUAUUUACACCUCCAUACCCUUCUUCACCAUACCUCCUGAAUCAACACAACAUCGCAGUCUCAUCUUCACAGUCUCUGCUUCUUCCUCAUCAUCUUCACAAUCUACAGAAACUAAAAACGUAUGGAGAAAACAACCAGAGAAGUCAACAUCGUUGAAGAAACAUCGGAGGUACCAAAGAUCCACCUUUCUCGACCACAAAGUCGACAUGGACGAGCUUCUAGCUUCAAUUCACCAAACCCAUAACGAGGAAGAGCUUUUCUCUCUCCUCUCUUUGUACAAAGACAGACAAUUGUCUAUACGCUUCAUGGUCUCGCUUCUUUCCCGAGAACAAGACUGGCAGAGAUCACUCGCCUUGCUCGAUUGGGUUCACGACGAAGCUAAGUAUACACCUUCCGUGUUCGCCUACAACGUCGUUCUCCGAAACGUGUUGAGAGCUAAGCAAUUCGACAUUGCACACGGACUGUUCGACGAAAUGCGUCAGAGACCUCUUGCUCCCGAUAGGUAUACUUACUCGACGCUUAUUACUUCGUUUGGUAAAGAAGGUAUGUUCGAUUCGGCUUUGUCUUGGCUUCAGAAGAUGGAACAGGACCGUGUUUCUGGUGAUCUCGUCUUGUACAGUAACCUCAUUGAGUUGUCUAGGAGGCUUUGUGAUUACUCUAAGGCUAUUUCGAUCUUCUCGAGGUUGAAGAAGUCCGGUAUUACGCCUGAUCUCGUUGCGUAUAAUUCGAUGAUUAAUGUUUAUGGAAAGGCUAAGUUGUUCAAAGAAGCUCGUUUGCUUAUGAAUGAGAUGAAGGAAGCUGGUGUGGAACCAAACACAGUUAGUUACUCAACUCUUUUGAGUGUUUAUGUGGAGAACCAGAAGUUUCUUGAAGCUUUGUCCGUUUUUGCAGAGAUGAAAGAGGUGAAUUGUCCAUUGGAUCUCACGACUUGUAAUGUAAUGAUUGAUGUUUAUGGUCAGCUUGACAUGGUGAAAGAAGCUGAUAGGUUGUUUUGGAGUAUGAGGAAAAUGGAUAUUGAACCAAACGUUGUUAGCUACAACACGAUCCUCCGUGUUUAUGGUGAAGCUGAGCUUUUCGGUGAAGCAAUUCAUCUUUUCAGGUUGAUGCAGAGGAAAGACAUUGAGCAGAACGUUGUUACUUACAACACAAUGAUUAAGAUCUAUGGGAAGACUCUGGAGCACGAAAAGGCAACGAAUCUCGUUCAGGAGAUGCAGAGCAGAGGAAUCGAACCUAACGCCAUUACAUACUCAACGAUUAUCUCAAUAUGGGGCAAAGCUGGUAAACUAGACCGAGCUGCAACGCUGUUUCAGAAACUGAGGAGCUCAGGUGUUGAAAUUGACCAAGUUCUGUAUCAGACAAUGAUCGUGGCUUACGAAAGAGUUGGUCUAAUGGGUCAUGCUAAGCGUCUGCUACAGGAGUUAAAGCGUCCUGAUAACAUACCUAGAGAAACCGCUAUCACCAUUCUUGCUAAAGCUGGGAGAAUAGAAGAGGCCACGUGGGUUUUCCGACAAGCUUUUGAUUCUGGGGAGGUAAAAGACAUAUCUGUUUUUGGCUGUAUGAUCAAUCUUUACUCGAGAAACCAAAGGUACGUGAAUGUUAUUGAAGUGUUUGAGAAAAUGAGAAGCGCUGGUUAUUUUCCGGAUUCAAACGCGAUAGCUAUAGUGUUGAACGCUUAUGGGAAACAAAGAGAGUUCGAAAAGGCGGAUACGGUUUACAGAGAGAUGCAAGAGGAAGGAUGUGUUUUUCCUGAUGAAGUUCAUUUCCAGAUGCUGAGUUUAUACUCGUCCAAGAAAGAUUUUGAGAUGGUUGAAUCUUUGUUUGAGAGAUUGGAGUCUGAUCCUAACAUCAAUAGUAAGGAGUUGCAUUUGGUUGUGGCGGCUUUGUAUGAGAGAGCAGAUAAACUAAACGAUGCUUCAAGAGUCAUGAAUCGAAUGAGAGAACGAGGACUUCUAAAGCCCUUUUCUAGAUGAGAUCAUGUAACAUGCUUCGUCUUGUGUUAACUUGAGUAAAACAAUCUGGAUGUUUGUCGGCUUCAGUUUUACACUUAUUUAUGAUUUUAAUUUGUUGAUUAGAUUAUCCAGAGACCAGAAGCACUAACAACGGGACCCAGUAAUUUAUUUA